CCAGGGCCCUCUGCCUGUGUUCUGGGUGUUCAGCUGCCGCAGGUGAAUUGGCCGCAGCCGCAGCGGGGGAAGAGCCCUGGCUUCUCUGGACUCUGCUUCUCCUCCGGAGGAAGCCCAAAGAGGACUGACAGUUCUAGAACUAUGGAUCAUAUGUCCUUGGCGUUCGGGGACGUGGCCAUAGACCUCUCUCAGGAGGAGUGGGCGUGCCUGGACCCCGCGCAGAGGGCCUUGUACAGGGACGUGAUGCUGGAGAACUACAGGAACCUGGCCUCGUUGGGAUGGUCCAUUCCUAAGCCAGAUGUGAUCACUUUCCUGGAGCAAGACAAAGAGCCCUGGAUGGUAAUGAGGGAAGGGACAAGAAGCUGGUGCUCAGAUUUGGAGUCUAAGUAUGUCACUGAGAAGUUAUUUCCAGACAAGGAUGUUUGUGAAAUAUAUCUAUCUCAAUUGCAGACAGUGGAAAAAGGUAAAACCUACAUCCAUGAGGACACCAUUUUCAGAAAUGCUUUGCAGUGUAAACGUGAAUUUGAGAGACGAGAACAUCAUCAGAUGGGAUGCAUCAGUCAAGUGAUAAUCCAAAAACAUAUAUCUCUUCCUCUGCCUCAGAAAAUUCAUGCUGGAGAGAAAUCGUAUGAAUGUAAGGAAUGUAGGAAGGCUUUCAGACAACAGUCAUACCUUAUUCAACAUCUGAGGAUUCAUACCGGUGAGAGACCCUAUAAAUGUAAGGAAUGUGGGAAGGCCUUUUGUCGUGUGGGAGACCUUAGAGUACAUCAGACAAUUCACGCCGGGGAGAGACCCUAUGAAUGUAAUGAUUGUGGGAAGACCUUUAGACUUCAUUACCACCUUACGGAACAUCAGAGGAUACAUUCUGGUGUGAAACCCUAUGAGUGUAAGGAAUGUGGGAAGGCCUUUAGUCGUGUUAGAGACCUUAGAGUACAUGAGACAAUUCAUGCUGGACAGAGGCCUUAUGAAUGUAAGGAAUGCGGGAAGGCCUUUAGACUUCAUUACCAACUGACUGAACAUCAGAGAAUUCACACUGGUGAGAGACCUUAUGAAUGUAAGAUCUGUGGAAAGACCUUUAGGGUACAACGACAUAUUAGUCAACAUCAGAAAAUUCAUACUGGUGUAAAACCCUAUAAAUGUAAUGAAUGUGGGAAGGCCUUUAGUCAUGGCUCAUACCUUGUUCAACAUCAGAAAAUUCACACUGGUGAGAAACCCUAUGAAUGUAAAGAAUGUGGUAAGUCCUUUAGUUUUCAUGCAGAACUUACUCGACAUCAUCGAAUUCAUACUGGUGAGAAACCCUAUGAAUGUAAAGAAUGUGGCAAAGCCUUUCGUCUUCAAACAGAACUUACCCGGCAUCAUAGAAUUCAUACUGGUGAGAAGCCCUAUGAAUGUAAGGAAUGUGGGAAGGCCUUUAUUUGUGGCUAUCAACUUACUUUACAUCUGAGAGCUCAUACUGGUGAGAUCCCCUAUGAAUGUAAGGAAUGUGGGAAAACCUUCAGCAGUCGCUAUCAUCUUACUCAACAUCAUAGAAUUCAUACUGGUGAGAAACCCUAUGGAUGUAAAGAAUGUGGGAAAGCCUUUCGUCUUCAAGCAGAACUUACCCGACAUCACAGAAUUCAUACUUGUGAGAAACCCUAUGAAUGUAAGGAAUGUGGGAAGGCCUUUAUUCGCAGCAACCAACUUAUUUCACACCAGCGAAUUCACACCAAUGAGAAUACUUACGAAUGUAAGGAAUGUGGGAAGAUUUUCAGUCGUCGCUAUAAUCUCACUCAACAUUAUAAAAUUCAUACUGGAGAAAAACCCUAUAAAUGUAAAGAAUGUGGAAAGGCCUUUCGCUUUCAAACAGAACUUACUCAGCAUCACAGAAUUCAUACUGGCGAAAAACCCUAUAAGUGUCAGGAAUGUGGGAAAGCCUUUAUUCGUAGCAAUCAUCUUACUCAACAUCACAGAAUUCAUACUGGUGAGAAACCCUAUGAAUGUAAGGACUGUGGGAAGACCUUUAGUCGUCACUAUCAUCUUACUCAACACCACAGAAUCCACACUGGUGAGAAACCCUACAUAUGUAAUGAAUGUGGGAAUGCUUUCAUUUGUAGUUAUCAACUUACCUUACAUCAAAGAAUUCACACGGGUGAGAUUCCAUAUGAAUGUAAGGAAUGUGGGAAGACCUUUAGUCGUCGGUAUCAUCUUACUCAACAUUUUAGACUUCAUACCGGUGAGAAACCUUACGGAUGUAAAGAAUGUGGGAACGCCUUUCGUCUUCAAGCAGAACUUACUCGACAUCACACCAUUCAUACCGGUGAGAAACCCUAUAAAUGUAAAGAAUGUGGGAAGGCCUUUAGUGUUAAUUCAGAACUGACUCGACAUCACAGAAUUCAUACCGGUGAGAAACCCUAUAAAUGUAAAGAAUGUGGGAAGGCCUUUAAUCGUAGUGAUCAACUUACUUUACAUCAGAGAAAUCAUAUUAGUGAGGCUACUCUAUGCGUAAUGUGAAGAAGAUAGAAUGGCCCUUAGAAAAUGCCUUUUAUAACAGUGAACUCAUCAUUUAAGAAAUUUUUGACUUGUUAGGGGAAUCCCUUUUGUUUCAUGCUCAAAACUUAACAGCAAUAGUUUUAUACUAUAUAUAUUGAUUGAAAGGGUUGAUAGCAUCACCCAGUCUUGGUGAAACAUUAGCAGACUGAUAUUGCUACAGUGCAUCUCAGACCAAGGCAAAGGAUCUUCUCCCACCCCAACUUGGUUGUUGACCAACACUUCUAUAAAAUGCAAUAAAAUUGGAUUAUCAGAAAAAUGAAAUGGAAAGAAAAACAGAUACAUAAUGAAAGCCCCCAUUUUUUAAUUAUUGAAUUUAAUGGACAUGAAUUCACUCUGUCAGAUUGCUGGAAGGGUUUCUAAACAUUUGCUCUCAGUAUCUGUACCUUAACUCCUUGCAGACCAGAAGCAACCAUCUGUGACCAGCCUCAGUACGUGGACCACACUUUGUCUAGCAUUGUAGCAGAGAAUAAUUCUGUUAAUUCAGGGAGUGUGGGAAAAGACUUUAGCCACGGCACAGCUUUACUAUAAUUCUCAUAAUUCCACCUCCACCUGUGUGAUAUCUGGCAAAACACUUCUCCCCUCCGUGCCUCAGUUUUAAAAUGGUGAUAAUAAUACCUACCUAAUAGUAUUUUUUGUGAGAAUGAAAUGUUAAUAAAAAAUCCUUUAGAAAAGUAUGUGUUCGAUAAAUAUUGUUAUUUUUAUCAUUACUGAUAUUAUUAAUGAUUCACGUGAGAGGAAGACCCUACGAGUGUAAGGAAUUUGUAAAAGUCUUCCAUGACCUUUUACUCUUUACUUAAAUUGAGAUAAUUAAUUGUGGAUAAAACCCAGUAAAAAGAAGUAAAAUUCCGUUUCUAAAAUCAGAACUCAUCUCUGAAAACUACUGUGAGAGAGAAAUCUCUAGAGUUGAUAAGUGUGAAAAUUAUGAGUCAAGCUUUUGAAGAAUCAAGGAGAGCUGUAAUGCUUUUUCUUUUCAUAAUCCAAAAAGCAGACAAGUUAGUCUUCUUUUUUUUUGCCCAAAAUUCAUGAUAAAUUAGAAACAACCAAAAGACCACUGUCCAUUUGAAAACAAUUAAAAAAAAAAAGUACAGUGAACACUGGGAUGCCCUCUCUAUAUUCGGUGAUUGUUAAUAUAUUGUCACAUUUGGUUUGCUUCUAUAUAGUUUUUUACAUAUUUUUUUGCUAUGGUGUUUGCAUAUAAAUUGUAGACAUCAUGAUAUUUCACCUCUCUGUAUCUAAUCAUGCAACUCCUAAGAAUAAAGGGGGCCUCCUACUCAGUCACUGUAUAACUUCAUACUUAUAAGGAAAUUAAUAAUAAUUCCAUAAUCUGUAAUAUUACAGAUAGAUACCAGUGCCUUAACCCAGCAUGUCUGAGAGAAUGUCUCUGGGAACCAUGGUAUUUAAUGGUACUUGAAAAAUGUUCUGUGGUCACAGGCUUAUGAAGUUUUGAAUAUUAAAUUUCUUCUAAGAAAAUAAUGCUUAUUCUCAGGCUGUCAAAAGACUUGAGGGUCCUACACUAAGAAAAUUUUCUUGACUGUGUUUAUCCCAGUGUAUCUUAAACUUUACUAAGGAAGUCCCAUUCACAAUACCUAACGCCUUUGGGAUGGGAACCCACCGGAAAGGCUGCCCUAACCCAGAAAGAGUGACCUUCAGCAAGGACAAUUCAGAUAAAACAGCAGAUGCUCAGCUAUGUUGAGAAAGGACAUGCGUGGUGUAUUCUCUGCUGCUCACGUCUUCCUCUGCACUCAGCUGCUUGCCCUCUCAAUGUAGGGCCGAUAUUUUUCUACAAAAUUAAAAACCCGUUGGGCCCAGCUUUUUAUAUGAACGUGCCAUAAUGUAUUUAAACCUUCUCUUAUUGUUUCAUGUUCCAGUUUCAACAGUUUUUCCCUAGUUCAGAUGUCCUUCAGUGAAUAUCCUUGUCUGUGGUCAUUGGUUUGUGUUAGCUAGAAUUUCUCUAAUUGCAUACAUGUGGAAGUAGGAUUGCUCAUAUGUCAUCUAUUCUGUCAGUUAUGUUAGAUAGUGCUAAACUGAUCACAGGUUAUAUACACUUCCCAUUCUGCUAGAUAUUGCCAAAUUGUUCUCUUAGACUCCUGUCAAUACUCAGUUUGACAGGAAUCCCCCUACCAAAUUGAGUAUUCCCAUAGCAUCACUUUAGAUAUAUGUUUUAAUAUAUAUUUUCAUAAAUUUCAAUUUCAGUUGAGCAUUUUUUCAAACAUGUUUCUUGGCCAAUCAUCAUUCCUUUACUUUGACUUUCCUAGUCUGGACUUUCUCCAUUAUUGUUGUUCUGGUUUUUCUUUUUUUUCCUAAUCGACUUGCAUGUCAUUCUGGAUUCUUCGUUCGCUAUACUGAUGCAAUCAUUUUCUCCUACAUUCAAUAUAGCAUUAGUUAUCUAUCUACCAAACACUCAUUCUCUUUUUAUGAGACAGAUUUCUAGGUUAUAAAUUAUAUAACCUGAAAAUAAAAUUUUAUUUAUUUUCCAAUAUUCAUUACUUUAUUUACUUUUCUGAUUGCAAUAGCUAGACUCCUCAGAACAAGGUUGAAUAUUAUGGUGAUUCAGGCAUCAAUUUCUCCAAAUUGAAUGGAAAAUUUUGUGAUGUUUAAUCAUUUACUAUAAUGUCCACUCUUUAUUUGAAGAUAAAUUCUCUUUGUUGCCUCUAUAUAAUUUCCUUCAAUAUGCGUAGGGGAGUGGAGGAUGCCUACCUGUCUUGUAGUGACUGCUGAAUUUUGUCUAAGGCCAUUUUGUUAUCUGUUGGCCUAAUCUUAUAUUUUUCUCCUUAAAUUUAUUGAUAUGUUGAUUUGUACUUAUUAAUGUCUUGAACUUUAAAUAUUUUUUGUAAUAUACUGUGAUUUUUGUCAUAUUUCUGUAGUCCAUCUGGUAAUAUUUUAAUUAGAAUUUUUCCAUCUGUGGUCCUAGGUGAGGCAGUAUUAUAGUUCCCCUUUUCUUUUAUUGAUAAGCUUUUAGAAUUGUAAUGAACUGUUCUUUGGAAACUAGAAACAACGUGUCUUUAAGAUACAAUGAAUUUUUAAAUAUUAACUUUCUAUUUUAUGACCUUGCUAAAUAAACUUAGUCCUAGAAGGAUUUAUUUUUUAUAGAUUAUACUUAGAGUUUUCUAUAAACACAAUCAAGACAUCUGUGAAGACAGUUCCUUUUUAAUUUUUAUUUCUUUUACUUGCCUUCUUGCACAAGCUAGGACAGCGUUGAACAGAAGCACUCAGAGAGGACCUUGUUUCUGACCUCAGGGAAAAGCAUUCAGUGUUUUAUCAUAAAGUGUUAUGUUAGCUGCUCAUUUCCCAUAAAUAUCCUUUGUCAGAUUGGGAAAGUUGGUGUUGAAUUUUGUCAAAUACAUAAAAAGCGACUACUG